AUGCCACGACUGACCAAGAUCUCGGCCGUCAACAACGGUCUACGGUCCCUCCCCUCGGAUAUCGGAGAUUCCAGGUCACUUACGGCGCUCCACCUGGCGUCAAACAGACUGAAUCAACUGCCGGAUAGCAUCUGCCGACUCAAGACUCUGAAAGUCUUGUGGCUCGACCACAACUACAUUGCAGGCUUGCCGAUGAUGUUUCACCAGCUGGGAGGGCUGCAACAGCUGAUGCUCGAGCAAAACGACAUGGUGUAUCCCCCCAAGGAGAUCAUCCUGCAGGGCUGCGAUCGGGUCCGCGCGUGGUGCCACCGCCGAAUGCAUGACCGCGUCAGUGCGAGGCAGCACACCAUCGUUAUGACCGUCCAGGAUAUCCUCAAGCAGAUCCAUGAACGGGGCUUAGGCCACCCUGCUUUUUUUGAGCCGGAUGUCGAGGUCGGAAUGAACGAAGGCACCGACCACUUCUACGCUCUCGUCUACGAGCGGUUCUGGGACACAAUGCUACCCGCCCUCGAGAGGGAGUGGCAAACCGGAACGGCGGUGCCAAGAGGUGCCGUCACGUCUUUCGGAUACUCGAGGGAAGAGGUAGAUAGCGUGCUCCUCGACUACAGGGAUCCCACGGGCAGGGUGCUGAGAACCAAGACCCAAAUGUUUCGAAGGUGUGGGUGCAUGGGCGCUAACGGACGGAGGAGGGUGUGCGUGCCUCCGAAGGUAGGGUGGAUGUGUGAGCGAAAGGCUACUCUGAUCAAGCACGACAUCAUCCUCGAACGCGAGCAAGAGGAGCGGCGAAGGCAAGCAACCGAGAGGGAGGACAUAGAGUUUCGUGUCGCUCUCGCCAGGAGGCUGGUCAAAGAAGGCUCCGAAACCAUCGAGGGCAAGAAAAGCUACACCAAAAAGGCCAUCCGGAUGGCCGAGGCUCUCAAGAAGAAGAAGCAGAUGGGGGAGUUCGAGAGCGAAGCGGAAGCAAUGAAAGUCCACCGUCGCCAGGUCGUCGAAAAGAAGUUCUCCAAACGCAAGGACGCGCUGAACAAAGAGAGGGAACAUCGGCUGGCGGAUCUCAAGCUCAAGGUGGCAGGUCUCCAGGAGGAACUGGUGUCCCUGAGAGGGUGGGGAAAAGAACAAAAGGAAGCCCAAAUAGAUCAGGUGUUGGCGAGCAUGGCAACCCUACCUGAGGACAGAAAACUGGCCGAGGUUGAACAGCAGCUCGAGGAAGAGGUGGCGAAGCUGGAAGAGAAGGUGGCCAUGGUGGCGACGCAGAAAGCGCGCAAUGUGAUGGGGAAGAAGGUGAAGCGGGACAAGGAGUUCCAGGAGAUCGUUGACGAAAUGGUGGUCGACCUCGUGCUGCAAGACAUGGAGGCAGCGGGGGAAAACGCCAGGCGAAAAGCGGAACAGGAGCACGAGGCGAGACUUUGGAAGCAGUUCAUCAUUCCAUCAUUUCAAUCGGACGCCCCACGGGUGUUCCGGAGGAUCAUGGCGAUGUGGUUAGGGGUGGGGAUGCGGGAAUCGUUCGCGGAAUGGAAAAUCUGGACAAAGAAAAGGAUAAGCCAGCGCAGAAAAGACGCACGGAAGGCUCUACGAGAGGCAUGGCACAACUACGAGGCGGCUGGGGUUGUGAGUGUGAUGGCCGAAUGGAAAGCAAGCUUUUGGGAAGAAGAGUACGACAUCUAUACUGACACGCAAACUUGGAGGCACAAGGAAACGGGUGACGUGCGAACGGUGCGUCCGACGGUGGAGGAGUUCAUUCCGGAUGGCUACGAGGUUCCCAAGCCUCCGUCUCAACGGCUGGAGGACAUGAGCAGCACCGGCAGCAGCAGCGGAGGUGACAGCAGCGGUGACACCGAGGAGACUGCUCCAAGACGACGAGGUAGAGGUACGGCUGGCGACAGCCGCAGCGACGGCUCUAGAAGCUCGGGGUGGUCUAUCGCCUCCAGUAGCAGUAGGAGCAGCAGCAGCAGCAGCGACAGCGGCGGCAACCGCGGCGGCGAUGACCGCGGCGACAAUGACAACGACAAUGGCGGUGAUGGUGAUGGUGGUGGAUCCUCGAGCGACGUGGAAGACGGAGAGUCGUCGCGGUCCUUAUCUGCACGCAACACAUCAGCGGGAGCAGCAUCGAGCUUGGCGGCAUUCGAUGCGGCGGACUCAGAGGACGAUAGGCAAGUAUUCCACGUCUUGCUCCGGUUCAGGAUCACGAUCCAGGUCCUCUUCGUCGUCUGCAGACAACGCGUCCGGCAGCUCGGCCGGUGA